GUGCACUUACUUCCGGGUGUGUGUUGUAUAAGUGUAGUGAAGCCAUGUAGCAGAACAGGCUGUGUAAAUGAGUGUGUGUGUGUGUGUGUGAGAGUGUGUGUGAGUGUGUUACUCUUCUCCUGAGUUCUCUAUCUCUCUCUCUCUCUCUCUGUGUGUGUGUGUGUGUGUGUGUGUGUGUGUAGAAGUUUAUGUGGUUUAAAGUUGAGAUUAAUUUAGAGAUUUAAACAUGUCGGUGCAGCAGGGCAGAGAGAGCCUGAAUACCGGGGCAAAUCAUCAUCAUCAUCAUCAUCACCACCAUCACCACCACCUUCCUCUCCAUCCUCACCUCCAUCCUCUUCCUCCUCCUCCUCCUCAUCUUCAUGUCCGGAAAGAGGAGGGUUUGUGUAGAGAUGGUUUGGGUUACGGUGUAGAGCAGGACAGUGAGGAAGAGGAGGACAUUUUAGCUGCACAGGACAGCGACCAGCCCAGAAUCCUGCUGAUGGGGCUCAGGCGCAGCGGCAAGUCCUCCAUACAGAAGGUGGUCUUCCACAAGAUGUCCCCGAGCGAGACGCUGUUCCUGGAGAGCACUAACAAGAUCUUCAAAGACGACAUCAGCAGCAGCUCCUUUGUUCAUUUCCAGAUCUGGGAUUUCCCGGGGCAGGUGGACUUCCUCGACCCCACGUUUGAUUACGAGAUGAUUUUCAGAGGCACCGGAGCGCUCAUCUUCGUCAUCGAUGCACAGGACGAUUACAUGGAGGCUCUGGGAAGGCUACACCUCACCGUGUCCCGCGCCUUCCGAGUCAACCCCAACAUCAACUUCGAGGUGUUCGUGCACAAGGUGGACGGCCUUUCAGACGACCACAAGAUCGAGACGCAGAGAGACAUCCACCAGAGGGCUAAUGACGACCUGGCAGACGCCAGCCUCGACAAGCUGCACCUCAGCCUUUACUUGACCAGCAUCUAUGACCACUCGAUAUUUGAGGCGUUCAGUAAAGUGGUGCAGAAGCUCAUCCCUCAGCUGCCCACGCUGGAGAACCUCCUCAACAUCUUCAUAUCGAACUCAGGGAUCGAGAAGGCGUUCCUCUUUGAUGUUCUCAGUAAGAUCUACGUGGCCACAGACAGCUCUCCUGUGGACAUGCAGUCGUACGAGCUGUGCUGCGACAUGAUCGACGUGGUCCUCGACGUCUCCUGCAUUUAUGGGCUGAAGGAGGACGGCAGUGGCACUGCAUAUGAUGAAGACUCUUUGGCCAUCAUUAAGCUGAACAACACCACUGUGCUCUACCUGAAGGAGGUCACCAAGUUCCUGGCGCUGGUGUGUAUCCUGAGAGAGGAGAGCUUCGAGAAGAAAGGUCUGAUAGACUACAAUUUCCACUGUCUGAGGAAGGCCAUACACGAGGUGUUCGAGAUGACGGUGGUCCGAAGGAACUGCUUAGAAGAUCUGCUCGGUGACUCUGGCGGCAGCAGCAGCAGCGCUGUUAAAGCGCCGGUGCUUAACGGCACCCCUAGAGGCCUGGUGUGACAUUACAGGGGGUGGGGUUGUCAUAAUAAGGGGAGGGGCUUCUAAAGUGAUGAGAUUACAUUUAGGAGAGAGGGCUUGGGAGCAGGUUUAAAGGAUGAACUCUGUAUCUGGACAGCUGUAGUAAACCCCGUGUGUGUGUGUGUGUGUGUGUGUGAGUGUGACGAGUUGUCUGUGAUCGGUUCAACCAUUCACAUCACUCUUAAAGGAAAAGUUCCUGCUAAAAAUUUUUACCACAAAUCGAGUCACUGGAGCUUCAAGGCUAGUAUAGCUAACAGUUAGGGGGAUCUUAUGGCUUCCAGUUUAGCGUCAUGUGUUUCUCGACCAAGAGGAACUUCCUGAUUCUGAGUGCGUUUGUGGACUCGCUGCUGAAUCCCAGAUGGACACAGGAACACAAAUAUUUCCUUUAUUAGACGUUCUCUCCAAAGACGUCAUGCAUAAACACACCGUUUUAUCUCUGCUUACGCCUCUUAAGCCGAGAAACUUCCGGAAAUAUUUCUAUUCCCGCUCUUAAGCCGAGAAACUUCCGGAAAUAUUUCUAUUCCUUCUCCUUAAGCCGAGAAACUUCCGGAAAUAUUUCUAUUCCUUCUCCUUAAGCCGAGAAACUUCCGGAAAUAUUUCUAUUCCUUCUCCUUAAGCCGAGAAACUUCCGGAAAUAUUUCUAUUCCUUCUCCUUAAGCCGAGAAACUUCCGGAAAUAUUUCUAUUCCUUCUCCUUAAGCCGAGAAACUUCCGGAAAUAUUUCUAUUCCCGCUCUUAAGACGAGAAAAUUCUGGAAAUAUUUCUAUUCCUUCUCCCUAAGCCGAGAAACUUCCGGAAAUAUUUCUAUUCCUGCUCUUAAGCCGAGAAAAUUCCGGAAAUAUUUCUAUUCCUGCUCUUAAGCCGAGAAACUUCCGGAAAUAUUUCCAUUCUUGCAACUGGGACAAGGAUGUGGAUAAGUGUGUGUCUGUAGACCCGCCUCUUGUUCGUUUUUAUCCCGAGCAGAAAUAUUUCCGGAACGUUCUCUCUCUAAAGGUGGGAUGGAAAAAAAACUCUACAUUUAUGACUAAUUGUCUGACCCUUCAAACUUAAAUCCUUUAUAAAUCGUUUAGCGUUGCUUAAAUGCACGGUUCAAAUAACGAUGUGAUUGAUUAGACGUGUAUUUACGUUGCCGUGUGUGUGUGUGUGUGUGUGUGUGUGUGUGUGUGUGUGUGUGUGUGUGUGAGAGAAAUAUCGAUAUAAAUCGUGCAGCCGUAAAAUCCUGGAAACUUUACGUCACUUUACAACAGACCGGUAUCGCACCCGGAGCACGUCUGCGGCCGCCGUGUUUAGUCUGGCGUCUGCUUCUUUCCGUUUGGCGACCCGUGCUACAAGGCUAACGUAGCUGGGCAUCUGUAGGAAGUGAUGCAUGAUGGGAAAACGUGUUAGUUUCUAUAAUAACAGACCUCUCACACUGUCCCUCAACAGAAUGUAGCAUGUUCAUACUUUACUUCUGUGUGCGUGUGUGCGCGUGUGAGUGAGUGCGUGUGAAAACAUUCACGUAUGAUUCUUCUAAGACGCGGAUCGGAUCGGAUCUGAUCCGACACGUCCGCAGCGAGUUCGUUUGACGUCAGAAUUGCGCUCAGAAACCAGACGAAACUAAGAAGGACACGGUUUACCUCCGCUCGGACUCGGAAAUCGGUCGUUUCUACGACGACGCGUACAGUACACCACCACAGACCGGUACGUUCCCAGAUGUGACGGCCAGCUGUUACGGCGCGCUCCCGUCACGGGCGGAGUCACAGUAAUUAAACACGUUUUAUCCAGAAAGUGAAGCGCUGUUUAUUACGAGAACAGUACGCCGAGAACGUCCGAUCGACACGUAAAUCCCGAAAUGACACGUCUCGGACAAGAACGUGCAAAGAAGAAAAAAAAAAAGCACGUUCGGGACGGACGCACCGGGCGUGUAUCGAUUUAUUUCAGUUUCCACCCAGAGGACUUUCACAUCGAGUUUGGAGUCGAGCUGGACGUUUACAGGUGUUUUUCAGCUUCACGUCUAAACAGCUUCCUUUAAGAGACAUUUAAACUGUAAUAACCGUAAUAAUCCGUCCGUACAGGAGUUAUUGUGUGCUUAUGAUUGUUGUGACCAAAAAUGCUCGAUUUUGCUGCGACGUUUUCCUAAAUUGGCGCAAAAUCCGUUGGCAGACGAGACCUUUCAGCUGUACUCGUGUUCGGCGUGAGGAUGUCACGUGACGCAUCUGGGCCCGUUCGUUUCUGACACCGCAGAGUUUGGGGCUGGGGUCGGGGG